AUUUUAAAUACGUAUUCAAAAAAAAAAUUAAAUUUAUAUAAAUUAAUUAUAUUCAAAAAAAUUUAAAUUAUUAUAAUUUCUAAACUAAAUUAUUAAUACACACUUGCAAGUAUGGUAUAAAAUCUAGCGAUACAAUAAAAGUUUCAACACUCCUCGAUCUCAAAUUUAAGAUAAUUCACCCGCCUCCACCAUCGCCAGAAUCUCUCUCUCACUCUCUCUUUCUCCGCCGACCAGUUCCCAGUUUGCUCUCUAAUAGGCGUUGAAGGUUCAAUCCUUGCCAUGUAAGUAUACCGUCUUAUCUUUUGGAUUAUAAUUAUUCCGGUUUGCUCUAGCUUUCUUUUCAUUGGUAAUUCUAGGGUUCCUCACUCUUUGUUCGUAGUGUCAGUUUAGGGUUUUGAUUAGUCGUGCUUACUUUAUAGAAAUCUCGUUGUUCAUGUAAGGAGCUGUUAUAUGAGCUAGGCCUAUCCAAUAAUAAUUGUUUGUAUACUUACAACCACCAGACUAAUGUGCGUAUGUGUAAUCUGACUUUAUAUUCCAGCGUUGAAGUCAUGUCUGAUGCUGAGGAUCAGCAAAAUUUCGUUGCACACAGUGGAGACGAGGUUCCAGAUCAUGGGCUAGAUGAGUUUCAUAAUGGGUUGGAGUACCAGGUCCAUGAUGAAACCCUUGGUCAUCACCAACCAUACGAGGUUCAAGACCCGAUUCUUGAACCUCACCAGUAUCAACCACGGGAUCAGGAGCAGUAUCAGUUGCAACACCAGGCUCAUGGUGAGGCACAAGAUCACGAUGGAAAUGAUGGGGGAGAUCAAGUUGAUGAAGGUGAGGAAGGAGUACCUGAGCAUGUUGAGUCUCUGCAGAAAGCGGAACCUGAACGGGAUUCAACAGUUGGAGGUGAGGAGAAGAGGUGGCCGGGAUGGCCAGGAGAGACUGUGUUCCGCAUGUUGGUUCCUCCACAGAAGGUGGGUAGCAUCAUUGGUCGUAAAGGUGAUGUUAUUAAGAAAAUAGUUGAGGAGACAAGGGCUCGUAUCAAGAUUCUUGAUGGUCCUCCAGGCACAACCGAAAGAGCUGUUAUGGUUUCUGGAAAAGAAGAGCCAGAAUCAUCUCUACCUCCUUCUAUGGAUGGCCUUCUGCGAGUCCACAUGCGGAUAGUUGAUGGUCUGGAUGGUGAAGCUUCUCAGGCCCCUCCGCCUACAAAGGUUUCAACAAGACUACUAGUACCAGCAUCUCAGGCUGGAAGUCUGAUUGGAAAACAGGGAGCAACGGUUAAAGCCAUUCAGGAAGCAGCUGGUUGUGUAGUUAUAGUCGGAUCAGGUUCCUUCUCUUCACAAUUUACAUACUGAAAUAAUGUUUUAUGCUUUCUGUUUUUGGUUUCAAACGUUCAUACAUGCAAUUCCACAGGUGGCACAUGCUUAAGUUUUUUUUUGACACCUAAGCUGAUAGAAAUAACAUAAAUCAAUAGCAAUCCUGAUUUGAACCUCUUUAUUGAUUUUAUAUGUUUCUCUAUUUUAGAUUGGCUUAUAUUUGGGUAUGGUUCGUUUAUUCCUUAUUUAAUGGUAGUUCUUACAAAAAAAUUGUUAUUUGAAUUUUUUUUUUUUUCUUUUGUAGAGGAUUUGCCUGUUUUUGCUCUUCAGGACGAUAGGGCUGUUGAAGUUGUGGGGGAACCAACAAGUGUUCAUAAAUCCUUGGAGCUGAUUGCAUCACACCUCAGAAAGUUUUUGGUUGAUCGUAGCAUCAUCCCAUACUUCGAAAGCCAGAUGCAAAAGCCAACUCGCCAGAUGGAUCAUAUGCCGCCUCCGCCAUCACACCAGUCCUGGGGUCCACCUCAAGGCCAUGCUCCAAGUGGUGGAGGAGGAGGUCCUGGCUAUGGUCACAACCCAGCUCCAUAUAUGCAACAACCUCCAAGACUUGAUAGUUACUAUCCACCUCCAAUGGAGAAGCAACCUCAUCAAGGUAUAUCUGCAUAUGGAAGGGAGACUCCUAUGAAUGUGCAUGUCUCAUCGGCCCCACCUAUGGCCGCUCAGCAAGUGACGCAGCAAAUACAGAUUCCACUGUCUUAGGCAGAUGCCGUGAUUGGGACAUCAGGUUCAAACAUAAGCUACACUCGUCGUCUUAGCGGAGCAACAGUUACCAUUCAAGAAACAAGAGGAGUACCUGGUGAAAUGACUGUUGAGGUUAGCGGAACUAGUUCACAAGUCCUGGCCGCUAUGCAGCUUAUCCAGAACUUCAUGGCUGAAGCUGGAGCACCCGCACCGGCACCAGCACAACCGCAAGCUGUAGUGGCACCAGAGCAGCAAGGCUAUAACCCCUACGCAACACAUGGCUCAGUCUAUGCAGCGGCGGCUCCGACGAACCCGCUUUGAGGAUACUCUACGGAGUACAGUUCGGGGCCUUCAGGCUAUAGUUACUGAUCGAGGAAGUUUACUUUUGUUAGAAUGUUUUUCUUUUACAUUCUCCUUUUACAUGUAAAAGAAAAGAAUAUUAUGACGUAAAAAGCUACAAGUUUUAUUUGUUUGGGUUUGAGAUUCAGGAAAAGAAUAUCGAACAUAAAAGGUUUUAGUUAUGAUACGACAUUGCUUCUUGUCUUGUUUUGAUGGAAGAAGCAUUUGAUUCUUUCCCAGCUUCCUUUGAAAAG